CGUGUCGGAGUAGUAAUCCUGAUUACAUUUCCUGCAUCGGCAACUUUCCAUCAGUCGAUGACUGGCAGUGCUCCGUAACGGCGGACCGUAUCGCGCACCUUAAAAUGGCUGCAUGCAGUUCGGGCUCCGGAUUUGACGACGAGCUCCAGCCACCGGAUCGUGUGUUAAGUUUUUACAGCAACUCCACCAUUUUGGUAACGGGUGGGACCGGCUUUCUUGGCAAGGUGCUGCUCGAAAAGAUACUUCGCUGUUUGAACGUGCGAAAAGUGUUUCUAGCCGUCCGGUCUAAGGAUGGACGCAACGCGGACGAACGGUUGCAGGAUCUGCUCAAGGAUGUGAUAUUCGAUAGGUUGCGGAUGGCUUACACCGUCGACCAGCUGCUCGAACGUAUCGAAGCGGUAGAAAUUUCACUCGAAGAACCAAACGGUGGCGAAGGAUUAAGCAUGGACAGUGUGAAAGAGGGCCGGUUGCUGGUGGAAACGGAGCUGAUAUUCAAUGUGCUUGCGUCGGUGAAGUUCAACGAAUGCAUAAAAAAUGCCAUCGGUACGAAUGUGGGCGGUACGAGACGGAUACUGCAGCUGGCGCGGCGUAUGCACCGGCUAAAGUCCGUUGUGCACGUUUCUACCCUUUAUUCGAACUGUGAUCGAACACGGAUUCAGGAACGGGUUUAUCCGGACUCGCCACUUAAUCCCGACAGUGUGCUGCAGCUGUCAAAAAUGUUAUCCACCGAUGAGAUGAGCCAGUUACAGCACUGUCUGCUCGGCGAGCUGCCCAACACGUACACGUUCAGCAAAAAGUGUGCCGAGUCAUUAAUCCAGCAAGAAUUUGCCGACCUUCCGAUAGGCAUCUUCCGACCACCGAUAGUGCUUUCGACGUACCGGGAACCGAUCGCUGGCUGGACGGAUAAUCUGAACGGCCCGGCCGGACUGUGCCUGUGGACGGUGAAGGGCUACGUGCGUGUGAUUCGCGGAAAUGGGCACAAAAAGGCUAACCUAGUUCCGGUGGAUUACUGCGUGAACGCACUGCUGGUGGCGUGCUUUGAUGUGGCCGAACGAUCGAUAGGUCGACGGCAGCAGCACGACCCAGAACCGGUCGAGUCCGCGGAGGCUUGGGAAUCACCGCAACUGGUCCCGGUGUACAACUACAUGUACGAGCAGGCGAACCUUACCUGGGGACGCUACAUGAGCUCGGUGUCGAUGGGAUUCGACGGGUGGAUCAAGCGACUGUGCUGGCACCAUGCGUACGCGAUUGUAUCGAACAGGGCACUGUUUCGAGUGCUGUCCGUCUGCUGCCACACAGUUCCGGCCUGGCUGCUCGAUUUGGUGCGCCGUCUUCGAGGAAAGCGUCCACUCUACCGGCGAAUGGUUACGAAAACGAACCGCUUCCUGGAAACGAUGGCGUACUUUGGGCUGCGAGAGUGGCACAUAGCAAACGAAAACGUGGUCCGCCUGCGGACGCUACUGACGCCCACCGAAGCGUCGAUGCUCGAAUUCGAUUUGUCCACCAUCGACUGGGACGAGUACUUCCAGUCGUACAUUCCCGGCAUCCGGCGCUACUUCCUUGCCGAGCGUGGGCUCAGCAAACAGCCGGUCGGGUCGGGUCGGGUGAAAAGCUUGCAGUGGCAUCGAAGGGCACAGUUUCUGUAUCGACUGGCGUGCAAGCUGCUGUGGGUUUACGUCUGCCUUAAGCUGGGCCACCGAUUGUACGUGGUACGCAAUUUAUUUUCGAUUUUGAUCUCUUAAAGAUUUGUCGCACGCGGUGUUGCGUCCCAAGGUCGGAGUUGGACGAGCACGCACAGAUGUGAAAUAUGUCGCGACGGAUGAACUAGAUUGGUAAGUGAAUUGAGUGUCUAGCGAUUGGGCAAAAGGGUUGGGCCAAAUAAGGGGGAAAAAAUAAAUAAAAUUGUACUGUGUUCGGAA